UUGAUUAUAUUGACAAAUUAUUGGCUUUAAAAAUGUGCUAUGGCGAAAAAUGCAGCUAUGAACAAUGCAGCGAUAUUUUAAAAAUUCUAUACACAUUAUUCUAAGUAGCCUAUAUAAUUAUUCAUGCAAAAUGCGUCCAAAGUAAAAAAAUAAAAAAAUAAAAAAAUAAAAAGCAACAGUGUGGCCGUUACGUCAUAACAGUGCGCCCGACUCUCACGAGUUGAAAAUAUCGCAGUUGUACUAUUUAUGUCGUUUACAAGUUCUUUAAAAAGCUUUUUAGGAUCGCUGUAUCUUUUUAUGUGUUUAUAGGUCUCAUGUAUAUCCGUUUUGUGUUGCUUUCUCUUUCAGUUUGCCGGAGAAGACGAUCUUUAGCAGCAUAGCACUUUAGUUUCACUUUAUCAGUAUCAGAGAUCCUCAUUUUCUCCUGACACACAUUUAUACUAGAACUAUUGUGAUUUCCGUUGAUUUGUGGGGAAUAUACACAAAUGGAAAAAACGCUACAUGAGAGCUGUUGUUAUGCAGACGGGGAGUCGAAACGAAACGACGCUGCGGUCGCAGAUUUAUUGGACUUUAUGCGCAUCGACGUGGACCUCGAGCCCGUGUGUGCCGACAGAGAGGAAACCUCGUGCUCUGUAAGAUGAGUCAUAAUAUUGAGACAAAUAUCAUUUCCUAGUGUGUCACUUAUUUUACUGCUUCGACAGAAAAAUGUCAUGCGCAAGCAGCGUAACUGGGAGAGAAGACUGGAGGUGAAAAAGAGCAAAAGAAAAGAGGAAAAACAAAGAAAGAAGCUCAACAGACAAAAUAAAGAUGUGAAUGAGCCACAGCUCAGCAAACGCAUCAUUAAAGCGAUUACCAAAGAAAGACUGGAGGAGGCCAGAGCAGCAGGACUGCGUCUGUGUGUCGACCUCAGCAUGACUGAAUGCCUGUCAGCAAAAGAAAUCAGUCGACUUGCAGGUCAGAUCAGGCGCCUCUAUGGAUCCAAUAAAAAAGCCUUACAGCCAUUCCACAUUUUCCUGACAGAAUUCAAGGAGGACAGUCUGCUGUAUAAGGAGUGUGUUCGGAUGAAUGACGGCUUCCUGAAUUAUUUGAUUGAUGUGACGGAGGAGAGCUGGUUUCAUCUGUUUCCCUCUGAAGAUGUGAUAUAUUUAACCCCAGACGCAAGUGAAGCUUUAGAAUAUGUGGAGGAUGAUAAAGUUUAUAUCCUUGGAGGUUUAGUGGAUGAAACCAUACAAAAGAAAAUAAGCUACACGAGGGCGAAUGAGCUCGGCAUUCGUAUGGCACGGCUGCCUAUUGACGAGUACAUGGUGAAGAGACCAAACCCCAAGAACUUCCACUCCAAAAUCCUAGCCAUCAACCAAGUGUUUGAAAUCCUACUGACAUUUCGGGACACCAAAGAUUGGACUAAAGCACUUGUCGCUGGAAUCCCUCCUGGAAAAGGUUACAUGUUGGCCUCAGCAGCAUCUACAGAUGUGAUAAACCCCCAUGAGGAGCUGUAGACACUCACUGUAGAGUGUCUUGAGCAAUAUACAGUGACAGUGUUAUAAAAUCAUCUAUAUUAGAUAACUUAAUGUCUGACGUGAAUCAGUAAGAUUCAAAAUCCUUGACUGCAUCUUUUGUAUCAUGUUUGAUUUAUUUUAAAUGCUCUCAUUCAGUUGUCUCAAGGAUAGUUUCCACACAGUCAAAAACUGAACUGAUGGAUUUUUGUCAGCAUUAAAGCCACUGGAUCAUAUCACUGAUA